AUGGGAUUGAUAAGCGCGUCAUUGGUCACAAUGCUACUCGUUUGGAUUGCUUACUUUGUCAUCAAAAAGCUCAAAUCCAUAUUGAAGCAAAUUAGUGAAGUGCAAGGACCACCAACUUGGCCACUUAUAGGCAAUUUACAUCAGUUCCAUUUCAAACCAGAUGAAUUCUUCGAGCAAGCCCAGGGCUUAGCAUACAUGUUGCAAGCUCGUGGGGAGCGCAUCUGUCGUGUUUGGUU